CAGGCAGUUGUUUCAGCUCGCGUGUUGGCGCCCCUUCGCAUGUGACUCGUGAGUCGUUAUCGUGAUCAUGUAUGUGCUCAACUGAUUUGAAUAACACAUACAUGAUCCUCGUCCCCUGCUUCCAAACACAACACUCAAAGCCCUCCAACAACUGUACAUCAGCAUGGGCUCUUCACAAUCAAAGACCAGUGAUGCUGCUAUCCAAGAGAAGCUCAUGGAGCGAUUGCGAGCCCUCGAGGUAAAACACGAGGCCAAUGUGGUCAACGAGAAGGACGAGUUUGUCAUGGUCAAUGGAGAGCUUCCCCCCAAAUACACCUCUACCAGACAAGAUGUCUCGUUAGCAGCCGCCGAGGAAUGGGAGAGAGAGCUGCUUGCUGAUCCAAAGAACCGAUUAGCUCUCUCAGCCCUUACGUCGAACAGACUUCAAGACAUCGUUCGCCAGAGAGGUGCAAAGAUCGCCGAUACCCAGACAUUCAACAUCCAGAUCGACCUCGAAGGAGCUCCAGUAACCAACCAACGAUCUUCGGGAAGAUGCUGGAUCUUCGCCUCCACAAACGUGUUCCGAGUAGCCAUCAUGAAGAAAUAUAAGCUGAAAGAAUUUGAACUGUCUCAGUCAUACCUUUUCUUCUGGGACAAGCUCGAGAAGGCCAACUACCUCCUAGAGAGCGUUUUGGAAACAAUUGAUGAGCCUCUGGACGGAAGAAUGUUGCAAGCUCUACUCAGCUCUCCAGUUGGAGACGGUGGGCAGUGGGACAUGCUUGCCAAUCUUGUAAACAAGUAUGGUCUCAUCCCGCAGACAUUAUACCCAGACUCCUUCAACGCGCAAUACUCCUCGGCCAUGGACACUCUGAUCACCACAAAGCUCCGCGAAGAUGCCAUUCGCCUCCGUAAAUUAGCCUCCAAGGCAUCAACCCGAUCCGCCGUGGCCGCAACAAAGGAGAAGAUGCUUCAGGAGAUACACCUCAUCCUCACCCUCAUGCUUGGUCCUCCACCAUCCGCGAAUAAACCUUUCACAUGGGAGUUCUACGACAGCGAUGGCAAAUUUAAUUCAAUCAAGACGAGUCCUAUGGCAUUCGCGAAAGAGCUUUCAGACACUCGUACUGUCCGUGCCUGCGGAGGAAUGGAUGUGCACCGGCUUUUCAGCCUUGUGAACGAUCCGCGAAACGAAUACAAUACCCACCUAAGUGUGCACCGUCUAGGAAACGUCUGGGAAGGACGUCCUAUAAACUACGUCAAUGUCUCAAUGAAGACUAUGAAAGAUGCCGUGAUUGCCACGCUCAAGAAAGACAUUCCAGUUUUCUUCGGCUGUGACGUUGGCAAAUACAGCGAUUCCGCAUCUGGCAUCAUGGAUACCGAUCUGUACGAUUAUGAGCUCGGCUUCAACAUUCGCCUUGGCAUGAACAAGGCUGAGAGGCUUCAGACUGGCGAGAGUGCCAUGACCCAUGCCAUGGUCCUUACCGCUGUGCAUGUGGUCGAUGACAAGCCUGUGCGAUGGCGUGUUCAAAACUCUUGGUCUGACAGUGCCGGUACGAAGGGCUUCUUUGUCAUGAGCGACGCGUGGAUGGACGAGUUUGUAUAUCAAGCUGUUGUCGACCCAAGCGUCGUCAGCGAGGAGAUUCGCAAAGUUUUGAAGCAAGAGCCGAAGAUGCUACCUCUUUGGGAUCCUAUGGGCGCUUUGGCAUAAGCAGGCAUAGAUGUUUGAUUACUACUGUAAUUUUGAUGGUUCCUUGAUACGAUUAAUGAUAUCUUUGGCUUAUGGCCUACGCACAGGGUCUUUCUAUGAAUGUCUCGAUUACUAAUCGUGCCUUUGAAGGAUGAGUCGAAGACAGGGAUACCGCACCAACCAACAGUAAUUAGAGCUAAAUCUUACUGUUUCCAGCUGAUAUGUCUAUGGGCAUGAUACUACUUAUUAAUAGUAAUGUAGAUACACGGGUAACAGAGCUUUAAUCCUAAAGGUUUGAUCUGAAGGGUGUUCGACAUCCCCGAGUCCUUCCAUUACCUCGAAUAUGCUGACUAAGAAC